AUGGAAGGAGACUCAUACUUAACCAAUAGUUUGCAUGAGGGGUCUCGGCUUGAUAAUGAAUUUUUGGGAUCUUCAAAUCUAAUGGAUCAAAUGUCUCCAUCCCAAGUUGAAAUAGAAUCUAGUGCUAGGAGACGACGGGGUAGUAACUUCACCAUAGAAGAAGAUAAUCUCCUUGUAUCGGCGUGGCUAAAUACUAAUUUGGAUUCAAUGGAAGGAAAUGAGCAAAACCACACUACAUAUUGGAGGAGAAUUUGGGAGUACUUCCACGAGAAUAAGACCUUCAUUUCUAAACAAACUCAGAUUGCCAAGGCGAAACUAAUGUUUCACAAAUUUCAAAAAACUUCAUUUCAAUUUCAACAUUGUUGGAAUGUUUUGAGGUGCCAACCAAAAUUGAUUAAUGACAAGGUAAAAUCGAGAAAAAGACUAUUUGCAUUGACAUGUUCUCCUUCUACUCCAGAUUCGAUAAAUAUCGGGGAAAAUGAUAUCUUCACCAAUAACUUUGUAGAUUCGGAGAGACCACUAGGAGGGAAGGUUGAAAAUGAACGAUUGAAUAAACAAAAUAGGAAAAAUAGUGCGAGUGUGGAUGUUGCAGGGAUACUAAAUGAGAGAAAUGAAGAGAAGAAAAUGGAACUUAUUGGGGAAAUAUUUGUUCAAGAGCAAGAGAGACUUCUCAUUCUUCUCGAGCACAAGCAAGAGAGACUUCGAUUUAAGCAAGAAAAGCUUCGAGCGGAAAAAGAGAGGAAGGAUGACAAAAUUAUACUGAUGGAUACAAGUGGCUUGUCUAAAUUUCAAAAAGAAUAUAUUCAACAUCGCCAAAUGAAAAUCGUUGAAAGUUGA